GGACUAAACUGCACAGCAGGAAGAUCAUUCUUCACUCUGACGCCGCCUCCUUCCUUUCCCCCCUCUGCUGCGAUUGAUCUCACGGAAAGCCCAGCAAACCCUAGCUCUUGCCCCCGACCUCUCAAUCCAUGGCUAGCAGCAACCUCCCUCGCCGGAUCAUCAAGGAGACGCAGCGGCUGCUCAGCGAACCAGCUCCAGGGAUCAGUGCUUCACCGUCAGAGGAGAACAUGCGCUACUUCAAUGUGAUGAUCCUUGGCCCAUCUCAGUCCCCAUAUGAAGGAGGUGUAUUCAAACUUGAGUUGUUUUUGCCUGAAGAAUAUCCAAUGGCUCCACCAAAGGUCCGCUUUCUGACAAAAAUUUACCAUCCGAACAUUGACAAGCUUGGGAGGAUAUGCCUUGAUAUCUUGAAGGACAAGUGGAGUCCUGCCCUUCAAAUCCGAACAGUUCUUUUGAGCAUUCAAGCACUACUCAGCGCUCCAAAUCCCGACGAUCCGCUUGCUGACAAUGUGGCAAAGCACUGGAAGGCCAACGAAACAGAAGCUGUGGAAACAGCCAAAGAGUGGACCCUUGUAUACGGCAAUGAUGGAUGAGCUUUGCAUGAUCCGGCUGCUUGCUUGGUAAUACUAUCCACGUGAUGCAGGUGAAGUCGACGGUAGUUGGUUUAAAAUUGAGUUAGAAGGGAUCAAGUACUGAAAUGGGAAAUUAUCCUUGCAUCGCGUGUACCGAGUGUGAUGUAUAUUAUUAGCCUAGUUGGGCUGCGGUAGACCCAGGUACACCUAUAAUACGUAAUUAUUACCGUAAUGAACCCUUUUUGUUCUACAUUUA